GGAUGUCUUACCUUUACAGCUCAACACACGUACUCCCGCGCAAAUCAGUAUAAGUUCACUGCGCCGGGCACUUGUCGCGUUUAGUCCAAUUUCACGCUACAAUGAGAACGGUCGCGAUCUCCCGCUGCGGUGGUUUCCUGGCAUUGUUGGUUCUGGUUUUUGUGCUGAUUAAUUGCACGCUUUGUCAAAAUAGCUCACCGUAUCGAUGCGUUGACGGAAAGUGCCUCCGCCAGUACGAGGACGACGUUUUGGGUGGAAAUGAUCAAGGCUUCGGUUCGUUGAACGAGUGUCGACUAGUUUGCGGAAGGUACAGCUCGUUGUGGCCAAUCCCGACUGGGACAAUUCAGCUAGGUCAAGGAACGCGAGAGUUCAUCCCGGCAAAUGUCGAGUUUAGCUUCAGUGAAAGUUCGGAAGAUGAGGAAAUUAAGAUCUUUUUCAACGAAACUCAGCGGAUUUUCGUGAAGAACCUGUACAAAGAGUGCAGUCGUCAUUGCAACCACUCGACAAGCACAAGUUUGUUUGUUAGCAUUAAAGUCUUGACCGCGGAAACGAAGCUCAAGUGGUCAACAAAUGAGUCCUAUGAACUGCACAUAGCUACUCAUGAGGACACGGUGCAUGCAAAAAUCAUUGCAGGAACCGUUUUUGGGGCACGCCACGGUCUGGAGACCCUUUCCCAAUUGACAACGGAGCGCAGCUAUCAGGAUGGAAGUUGUCUGGUGAUUCUGUCCGAGGCUCAAAUAACCGACAGUCCAAUCUAUCCCCAUCGAGGAUUUCUGCUGGACACCGCAAGAAACUUCAUUUCACUUCGUGGAAUCAAACGUCAACUUGACGGAAUGGCUUCGGUGAAGUUGAACGUGUUUCACUGGCACAUUACGGAUUCACAGAGCUUUCCACUGGAACUUGUGAGUUUCCCUCAGGUUACAAGACUCGGGGCGUACUCUGCGAAGCAGAUCUACAGUCAAGCGGAGGUACGGGAGACCUUCGAGUAUGCCAGAUUCCGUGGCAUUCGAGUGAUUCUUGAAUUUGACGCCCCAGCCCAUGCUGGUAAUGGCUGGCAGUGGGGUCCCUCCGAAGGUUACGGCAAUCUGGCAGUCUGUAUCAACCAGCAACCGUGGCGGAAGUUGUGCAUAGAACCACCCUGUGGUCAGCUGAACCCUGCCAAUCCGAAACUGUACCAAGUCCUGCAAGAAGUAUACGCAGAUUUCGCAGGUCUCAUUCCAUCGGGGGAGAUCCUGCACAUGGGUGGAGAUGAAGUAUUCUUCGGGUGCUGGAAUGCCACCCAGGAGAUCGUGAUAUACAUAAACGAGCGUAACUUUGAUUUCUUAGACCUGUGGGGAGAGUUCCAGAGCAAAGUUUUGGCCCUUUGGGAUCAAGCCCGAAAUGAAGAAGCUCCUGUUCCUACUGUACUCUGGUCAAGCCAUUUAACAGAUCCGGAAGUGAUUGAAAAGUACUUACCAAAAGAUCGUUACAUCAUCCAGACUUGGGUCGAGGGAAACAAAGACCUGCCGAAGCAGUUGCUGAAGAAGGGAUACAGACUGAUCAUCUCAACGAAGAACGCAUGGUACUUUGACCACGGUUUCUGGGGUGUUACAAGCUACUACCAGUGGAAGAAGGUGUACAAUAAUAAGAUUUUGAAAAAUCCCCUUGUUCUCGGCGGAGAAGCAUGCAUUUGGACGGAGUUUAUCGACGAGCACUCUUUAGACUCCAGAACCUGGCCACGGUUGGCAGCUGUAGGCGAACGACUGUGGGCGGAUCCCAAACUGGACGCCUCCAAGGUGGAGGGCCGAUUCUACCGACAACGUGAUCGGCUCAUCGCACGUGGUUUGAAUCCGGAGGCCGUUACGCCGCACUGGUGCGAACAGAACGAGGAUCGCUGUCAGUAGUUAGAUUUGUAUUUCACAGUUAUUAAACAAAUAAAUUGGAUACAUUCUCCAACGACAAAACGA